AUGGAAGGGAAGUCUGUCGAGCCUGACGCUUCAUUAAACGGAAAAUCGCAAGAUUCUAUUCCAAGGCAGAAUACUCCCAAUGGGGAGAGAAUGGAAAACAUUGAUUCUUUUAUUAAGAGUGAAGAGGAACUUGAUUAUGAAAUUAAGUUGAAUGGCACCGCGCGUGCAUUGCACCGAAAAUAUAGAAAACUUUUACUACUCCUGUGGUUGAAUACUAAAUUUCCGGAUGGUUUAGGCCGGAUUUUAACUAGUCAUGAAAUACAAUCUGAUUAUCUUGAAGAAUGGAAUGAAUUUUGUGAAAGAAAUCCUCUAGUCAGUAAAUCAUCCUUGGAUUUAUCCAUACUUGAGUCGAUUCAACCGGUGCAGAUGGAACAGGUUUCACCUUUAGUUUCCCCUACUGUUCCUUCAGAAACGGUAACCAAACCACCUGAUGAAAAUCUACAGAACAAUGAAAACGAAGACCUAGACGAACCAAAGAGCCCUAGAACUGACGUACCCCAAGUAUUUAAAGAGGAAUCUAUCCAACCGGCAUUACCUGAAAAAGACGCGGUUCACCAGCAAGAAGAAGUAAUAGAUCAUGAUACUCAGGAACCUAUAACAGAAGAAAGGGCCGUCAGUGAGAAAUUAAAUGAACAGGGACCUUCACCUUUACAGGCGGAAAGACCUCAAACCCCCGACAGCGAGUAUGCUGUCCUGCAGCUUGCUAAGGUCCAGAAAAAUGACGAGCAACAGGAUAUAGGUGCUAAUGAUGAAGACUUUACAGAAAGAAUCCAAUUAAAACCCGAAAGUUCAGUGACCGAUGGAUCCCAAAGUGCCGGGGCCCAAGAUGUAGAAACUAUGACUCAAGCAGUCAUUCCCAAAUCCCCGACUGAACCCCAACAUGAGGUGUCCCUGGAUAAAGUUGAUGAGAUUGCUCGUAAAGAAAAUGAUGCAGAGAUAGCGACGCAUGUUGUUGAAGAGACGGCUACAACGUCUGCUAUUGCGAAGUAUGGAAAUUCUGAAGCCGUAUCAGCAGGUCAGCAAGUACAACAGGAUGACUUAUCGGUUCCUUCCAAUUUUAACGAUCAACACAGACAUUUGGCGCUAAGUCCGAUACCUAAUACGGACGAACCUUCUGUCGAGGGUGCCCCAAUAAGCAAACCUCAAAAACUGACUGGAAGUGUUGAUACGUUCCCAGAGAUUUUCACUUCCUCGAGACCUCUAUUUCAUUUAUCAUUUUCUCUUCCAUUGUCACUAUUACCUCCUUCAGAACUUUCUGUUCAAAGGAAGGCUGAAGAUACUCUAGAUGCUUGGCUACUUCGUACGGAAAUGAUACCUUUGCAAAAUGAUCUUGAAAACGCUUACAAAUAUGUUUCUACUAACAACUGGAUGCAUGCUUAUAAAGAAAAAAUAGUAAGGGAGUCUAUCCGCAGUGUGUUCAUUGCCAAAGAAAAAGGAUCAUGGUCGUUUCGCCAGCCGAAACGACAAAAAGAGAUGAUUCCAACAAAAACGCACUACGACUAUUUGCUUGAUGAAAUGCAGUGGAUGUCUAUUGACUUUUCUCAGGAAAGACGAUGGAAAAUUGCCUUGGCAAAGCGAAUAGUUGAUUCCGUCAUGAACUACCAUAAUACGUCUGAUAAAAGUACUGUGUGCACACCGGCUUCUUUAUCUAAGAACAAAAAGCCAUUGUCAUACAAUGGAAGUAGUAAAAACAGUACUUUUUCAAACUCCCCUUCUCCUGAUUUCGCAAAGACUAAGCUGGAUCAGUAUGAUGCCUUACAGAUGUCGUCUCCCCCACGAAAUAGAGAGUUUUGUAGCACUAUUUUUUCAGAAGAUGUUGUUGCCAUUACUGAUGUUAAAGAAUCUCAUAAGCCGAUCUUGAAUGUUCCGACCUAUGAUCCGCCUGAUACUACUGAAAAUCAAUUGCGCGCUUCAGGAAUUACAUAUCCAAUAGUCCCAAUUUCCAGGUUUGCUUUAGCUAAAACAAAACUCAAAUCAAGCUGUAUACAUACUGAACGGAAAAGGUUAUUUAGUGAACGUGAUACUAUUUCUCAACAAUCUGGAGAAACAAUCACGAAGGAUAAAGCCAAUAAAGAUACUGACGUAACUUCCGAAUUUCCAGAAGGAAACACAAAAAAGAAACGAGCAUUUGCACCAUUCACCGUACGUCCUCCAUAUCCUCCUUUGGCAACGGAGAACACACCCGAGGUUACUUGGUUGCCUGAAGAGGACGAACUACUUCUUUUACUGUUGAGACAAUAUUCUUUCAAUUGGGAAUUUGUAGCAAACCGACUAACACCGUCUGGGUUAUACGUGCCUAAAACAGAACGAAGAACUGCUUGGGAUUGCUUUGAAAGGUGGAUUCAAGUUGAUCCUCAAGCUGCAAAUGUUCAAUUUACAGGAUCUCAUGCAAGAUUGGCUCAACAAAAGCUAGAAGAAUCGUUACAGAAAUCACAGCAAUCAAUGCCAAACUUGCGUGUACGUGACUUUAAUACUCCUAAACCUGACGCGCUGAAUCAAAACUCUUAUUUUGUGUUGCCAACAAUUUUUCGCCAAUACCGCCCCGUUGCUAUAUUUGAAGCUAUAAAAAAGACACUUAAGCAACGAGAGUUUACUCAAAAAACUGCGAUCAAGCGACAAACUGCUAAUGUACCUACUCCGUCUGAACGACUACCUCCUGUACCUUCUCCAAUUGAGCUAUCCAGAUUGAAAUUUGAGCGUGAAGCACAGAUUCAGCAACUACAAUCGCAAAGAAAUGCAAACUUGUAUAUGCAACAUCAAAAUCAGACGAAGAUGAGGCCGACAACUUCCAUAGCUGGAACGCCUCAAAAUCAUUUGGCAGCAUAUCAAGCAGGGGUUUCUCAGAAUUCUAGCGCCACGUCCUCAACUGGUAAUUCUCCAGUUCUUUCAAGAGCUGUUCCUCGAUUGCAGAAUCGAUUGGAUUAUCCAAAUUCUCCAAGGUUGGCAGCGGAGCAGAUUCAGCAGUUUCAACAAAGAUAG